AUGGACCCGCACGUGCACCUGCCCGCCGGCUCCAGCACGUCGCCCAUGAUCAACUACAGAAAAGACGCCAAAAAGGCAGUCAAAUUCACGUUCAUGGUCGCCGGCGAGCUGGGCACGGGCAAGACCACCUUCAUCAACUGCUUGUUGAACCGGCGCAUCAUGGCCCACGCAUACGAGGGCGCCCGGCCCGCGGACACCAAAACGUUACUGUUCACCCUGGCACAUGCCGUGGCGUUGCCCAACGCGUCGCUCUUGGCACGCAACCAGUUCGACGCGGCCGCGGCCGCAGACGAGCCCGGAAUCGCGUUGACGGAAACCAGCGUCGAGAUCUUGGACGACGUCAACGUGCGCUUGCACUUGAACAUCAUCGACACGCCCGGCUUCGGCGACAACUUGGACAACGAGAUGUGCUACGCGGAGAUUGAGAACUACUUGAAGCAGCAGUUUGACUCGGUGUUGGCCGAGGAGACGCGGGUCCGCCGCAACCCGCGGUUCGUGGACACGCGCGUGCACGUGUUGUUGUACUUCAUUGCGCCCACGGGCCACGGGUUGCGGGAAAUGGACAUUGCGUGCAUGAAGCGCUUGGCCCGCUACGUGAACGUCAUCCCGGUGCUUGCGCGCGCGGACUCGUUCACGGAGGCCGAGUUGCGCCACUUCAAGGCGCAGGUCAACACGGACAUCGAGCGCUUCAACGUGCCCACGUUCCAGUUCGACACGUUCUUGGACGAGUACGACGCGGACGCGGACGGCGACUUGAUUGCCGAGUGCCAGUUCUUGGCGCGCUUGCAGCCGUUUGCCGUGGUGGCGUCCGAGCAGGACUUCGAGAUCCGCGACGCGGCCACGGGCGCCACCAAGACCAUCAAGGCCCGCCAGUACCCGUGGGGGCUUGUGGACGUCAACAACCCGAAGUACAGUGACUUGCCAGUGUUGCGCUCCGUGCUUUUCGGCUCGCACUUGCAGGACUUGAAGGACUUGACCCACGACUUCUUGUACGAGACCUACCGCACGGAGCGGUUGAGCGAGGUCACGGGCAAGGAGAGCGGCUCGUUCAGCUCCACGCCGCGCUCCACGCCCGCCGCGUUCCCGGAGAUGCUGACCGCCGUGCCCUCGUUGCUGAACUUGGCCCAGUUGACCGCCAACGACACGUCCAUGCAGCUCGACUUCACGCAAGACGAGCCGGAGUCCGCGUCCGUGGCCUCCGCGCCGCAGAAAAAGAACCGCUCCAUGUUGUACGACGACGCCGACGACACCGCGUCGCUCGCCCCCGCAGACAACGCGUCCUUCAGCUCGUCGCGCUCCGCGUACCUGAACAUCUCCAGCCAACGGAACUUGGACUCCACCGACAAGCUGUUCAAGCGCAUGUCCAUUGCGCCGCAGAGGUCGCAGUUGAGGCAGAUCUCCGAGACCGUGCCCUACGUGAUCAGGCACGAGCGCAUCUUGGAGAGGCAGCAGAAGCUCGAGGAGAUGGAAAUGGUCAGCGCCAAGGAGUUGGAGAGCAGGGCGGCCAUGUUGGAGCAGAAGGCCGCGCUGUUGAAGGCCCGCGAGAAGUUGCUCUUGGAGAAGUUGGAGAUGUACAAGCGGGCCGAGGCGAGCAAGAAAGCCGCCAGCGCCGAUGACAACGACGACAACGACGACGACAACAACAAUGACGACGACGAUACCGUGCAGACCAACGGCGGCACUGCGUCCGUGGCGGACACCAACAACACCGAACAGUCGUCCGCAGGUGAGUCUGCGGCUGUCGACAAGUAA